GUUUGCACUUGAGCACAUUGAACCAUCCAACUUUGUUGUUGAAUACCGUGGGAUUCUCUCUCAAAGUAAACAUGUUGAAGAUGCUCAAGGCAACUACUUGUUUGACUUCACAUGGAAUGGAACACGUUAUUGCAUAGAUGCAACAAAAGAGGACGGUUCACUUGGACGACUGGUGAAUAAUCACAGAAAUUCAAAUUGCAAUGUCAAGACAAUAAUUGUUGAUGGAAGGCCACACCUGUGCCUAUUUAGUAUAAGAGAUAUCUUUCCAGAUGAGGAGGUCACAUACAACUAUGGGAAUUCCUCUUGUCCCUGGCGUUUAAGGGAAUUGUGUGACAAGACAUCAGUGGCUGUGACUGAAUGCAGUGUGAAUCCUUCCUCAUCAGUUAAAGAUAAACCAGAUGUUGAAUUUUCCAGUUUUGAAGAAUCCAGCUCUGAUGAAGAAGAUUCUCCUUAUGCUGAUAAAAACACUGAAGAAUCCUCCUCUGAUGACUUCAUCCCGGACUGUAGACAAAAUAACGAUAGUAGUGAUAGUCUAUCUGUCAAUACAUGGAAUCCACCAUAUAAGUCCACACCAGCUGUUUCAGAGUCUUCUAUGAGGGCAAAGAGUGUGCCACCACAACGCAUUCACUGUUCUUCCACUGAGCAAGAAAUGGCUAGUGACCGAUCCAGUUCUACUCAAGACCUCAUAUGUGAUGAUCAUGAUACUACCAAAAACAAUAUUGACAUUCAGAGUUUUAAGAAUACACUGGCAGGAUCUUCUUAUGAACGGUCAGAGACUGGCAAUGUGCCAGAAAACCCAGAAAAAACUUUUUCCACCCACAAAAACUACUGUUAUGUCUGCAAGAAACCUCAGUCUAAAAUAGCCCGUCACUUUAAAAAGCAUCAAGACAGUGAGAAAGAAAUUGCAGCCGCAUUCUUGCUCCCUAUACACUCCCAGGACAGAAAAAGGUUACUUGAGAAAUUACGAAACCGAGGCAAUUAUGAACAUAAUCAAGAGGUUAUGGGAAGUAAAAGUGGACCACUGAAAGUUAGAAGGCGGCCAGGAAGAUCAGCGAGUGAAUUGAGUGCCAAAACAUAUGUGCACUGUGUAUACUGUAAAGGCCUGUUUGUUCGCAAGGAGCUGUGGCGCCAUACACACAGAUGCCCUUCAAACACGUUUUCAGAGUCUGAAGCAACUGGCAGGGCCAAAGUCUUAGUUUUGGCUGAUAUCGCAGAGUCAACAUUCUCCCACUCAAUAUCUCCAGAGGUGUGGAAGAUUUUGGGAAAUAUGAAGAAUGAUGACAUUUCAUCUGUAGUUCGAAAUGAUUUCCUCAUACUGCAGUUCAGUCAGUGUCUUUACAACAAGCUUGGAAGUGAUUCAAUAAAAUCCGAAUACAUCAGACAGAAGGUUCGGGAAACGGGCAAACUCUUGCUAAGCUUGAGAACAAAAUACUCCAUAUUUAAUUUCGAAGAUGCUGUGAAACCGAACAAUUUUUGCAAAGUCGUUGAGGCUGUGAAAGAUGUCGCUGGUUACGAUGAAAAGAGCCAAUCGUAUAGGACACCAAGCCUUGCGCUGAAGUUAGGACGUUCACUCAAGAAGAUCGGUGACAUCAUUCUCUGCAGGGCCAUCGCAGCAGAGGAUGAUGGUAUGACAAAAGCAGCAGAGCGAUUCAAACGACUGUGCUCAAGUGAAUGGGCAGAACAUGUCUCCCAUGCUGCUCUUGAUACUUUGAGCAAAUCAAAGUUCCACAAACCAUCAACUAUACCGUUCACACAUGAUGUGCAGCUUCUCCACCAGCACCUAGAGAAAGAAUCAGCUGAUGCUUUUGAAAGCCUAAAAAGUCACGAGUCUUCACAAACAUACGCAGAACUUGCCAAAGUGACACUUGCACAAGUAAUAAUCUUUAAUAGAUGUCGUGCAGGAGAGGUUUCAAAAAUGUCUCUUGAGUGUUUCAGUAAAAGAGACCAGACUGAGCUCCAUGAUGAUGAAGCAGUCGGUCUCUCUCCUUUUGAGCAAAAAAUGUCCAAGAAUUUCAGCAGAGUGGAAAUAAUGGGCAAGAACGGAAGAAAAGUUGCAAUUUUGUUAAACCCUGAACUUGUCAGAGCAAUAAAACUUCUUCUGGACAAGAGAGAUGCAUGUGAGGUAGACCGGGACAACCCCUUCCUAUUUGGAAGACCAAAGUGCUCACCCACCAGCUUCUUCAGAGGACAGGACUGCAUCUGGCUUUUUGCAAGUCAGUGUGGUGCACAGCACCCAGAAUACCUCAGGUCUACACAGCUCUGUAAACAUGUGGCAACAGUGUCCCAGAUUCUUAAUCUGAAGGAUAACGAGCUUGAUCAACUAGCCAACUUUUUGGGCCAUGACAUUCGGGUCCAUAGAGACUAUUAUCGGUUGACAGAUGCAACAGUAGAUAUUGCAAAAAUUUCAAAGCUUCUCUUGGCAAUGGAGAAUGGAACUCUUGCCAAUUUCCAAGGAAAGUCUCUUGAUGAAAUUGAGAUGGAAGAUGAAAUAGAUCUGGAAUUAGAUGAGGAAGAAAUAAGCGAUGAAGAUGACAAAGAGUCCAAGCCUGUCCCUGGAGUAAGAGACGCCAAAUUGAGGAAAAUUGUGAGAAGGCAAUGGAGCCCAAAAGAAGUGAAUGCUGUCAUGAAACAUUUCAAAGUCCAUAUUUCAAAGGGACACCUCGCAACAUCGGCCGAGUGUGCGCGCUGCAAGACUGCAGAGGACACUGUUCUGAGAGAAAGAACGGUCCAGAAUAUCAGGGAUUUCGUGAGGAACCGAGGUUUGAGGUUGAAAAAUAAAUGUUUUUAGAGAGAUCAGUGUCGCCUUUUGAUGUCUGUGGCUUUUGUUCUGUAAAGUUCUCUAAAGUCUUCUUAAGCAGAAGAGGCUGACUCAGGACUUUACUUGGUGUCGAAGACCUCUUUUUAUUUGCUUUUUCUUUUUUGUUAAAACAAUGUUUUUAUAGAAAUUUUGCAGGUUUAGUGGCAGCAAAAAAGAUGCACAAUCAUUUGUGAAUUCACUCUUCGAUGUAGGUGAGCUGAUUUGGUUUAGUAUGGUUAACUCUAAUACAGGUACUCCUAUGGAGUAAAUAUA